AUGCAGAGAAUCAUCAUAGCAAGCCUUCUGUUAGCAACACACUGCCAUUACGUCACAGCUGGCGGUGGCGGUGGCGGUGGCGGCGGCGGCGGUGGUUAUGGUGGCGGAAUGGGAGGAGGAAGCUAUGGCGGCAUGGGUGGCGGCGGAGGCGGUGGAAGUUAUGGAGGGGGCGGCGGAAGCUACAGUGGCGGCGGUGGUGGUGGUGGUGGAUAUGCCACUGCACCUAUGCCCAUGCCACCGAUGCCACCAUCAGGUGGAUAUGCUAGCAGCGGAGGCGGCAGCAGCUAUGGUGGAAGCGGCGGAAGUAUGGGAGGCGGCAGCUACGGAGGAGGUGGUACCGGCGGCGGCAGCUAUGGAGGAAGCACCGGUGGCGGCAGCUAUGGAGGUAGCACUGGUGGAGGAUACGCUCAACCACCGCCUCCCCCACCUCCACCACCU